AUGAAUUCAGCGGUUCAAGCCCCCGAGAUUAAAAAGGAACACGCUUACGAUUCAGCCAAAUACGUUCCUCCAAAUGGCAAACUCAACGUCCCGCCCCGGCUUCGUCCAAAGGGGCCCGAGGAAAGCAAUGGAUCUUCCUCUCACAUUAAUACUGACUUUGCGACUCUUCCGAGAGAAGUCCUUUACAAUACCCCUGUGAUGGUGAAUGGAAUGAACCCAGUUAGCCAUUAUGGUCAGCGUCAAGUUACUCCCCCCGGACCAACUAUUCCAGGCAUGUCAUUGCAGCCAUCUGUUCCCCCAGGUGUGUACUAUCCGGGAUUCGUUGGCGGAGCACCCAUAACGCCAGUGAACUUCCCAUCCUUGCCAUGGGGAGUACAGGGAGCCGGCAUGAGCCCUGCCCCUACUGCUUCCUGGUCCGUUGACGACGGCAAGCAUUCUCUUGUUGAUUACGCUGGAAUAAAUGGCUGCCAUCCUUACACUCCAAUGAUGGACCGUACUGCCAUGACCCCUUAUUCAAUGCUAUCCCCUGUUAGUAUUCAGCAGCCUUGUCUCCAAUAUCAAAUGAUGAAGACACCCACUGGCUACAUCAUUCAGGAUAUGGAAGUGCUCACUCAGCAGGAGCCGCCAAUUCCUCGUGCCAUCCCCGCAAUGUGGACAAACCAAUCCGAUUUGACUUUGGCAAAGUGCCUAGAGAAUCGUGAGGGUAUUACUAACGUUUACAUCCGUGGUUUUCCUCCAGAGACUACGGAUGAAAUGCUUCAUGCUUACGCUUCACGCUUCGGAGAUAUUGAUCGAUGCAAAGCAAUUCUAGAUCUCGAGACCGGACUUUGCAAGGGAUUUGCAUUUGUUCAGUUCUACAACUUUGACUCAUGCGAAAAUUGUAUUCGUGGUUUUUACUAUCUCGGCUACCAAGCUUCCUUCGCACAGAAGAGCCGAAACUCUCGCCUCAAAGACUUGGAAGACCGGAACUCCACCAAUAUCUACUGCACUAACGUACCCAUUGACUGGUCUGAGGCUGAUCUACGCCGUCAUUUCGAACCAUAUCGUGUUGUUUCAGAGAAGAUCAGCCGCGACGAAAAGACUGGUGUUAGCAAAGAAGUUGGAUUUGCCCGUUUCGAGAACCGCGACAUUGCCGAACGGGUCAUUGAAGAAUUCCACAAUGUGGUCGCUGGCGAUGGACAUAAGCUGCUUCUUCGCUUCGCCGAUACCAAAGCUCAGAAAUUGUUGAAGCAGCAGUCUAAUGAGCGUCGUGCCUAUAGAGCAGGCGAGUAUAACUAUUCAGUUGAGGUCGUUCAAGGUUCAACUCCCUCACCAGCGACUUCACGCCUUGGAAAUGGACCCGCGUCACCCAUGUCAUUUCAGUCUCCAGCAUGGACACCCGCCACCACCAUCUCACCUUCCAUUCCCGUGAUGAAGAACGGUGGCGUUCGCCGUGGCAUCCAUGUUCUUGGUGCUCGUGCUUCGAGUAACACCGAAAAUACCCCAGUAGCGUCACGUGGUCGUGCAGCUUCCACCAGCGUCGCUGCUGUUCCUGAGAAUGGUUUGGUUGCUUCGCCUUCUAAGUCCGUGAAUCCUGGGGAUGAAUCUGCUACCGCUACACCUCGUACUCCGAUUAAGAAGAUUGUGGGCAACCGCAAAUCCAGUUCGGUUUCUCCGGUCACCUCUCGAAAGGACAUCGAAAAAGUGUCUCCGAAAUCUGCAGCGAACUAG